AUUGUGACUUAAGAAAUCUUGUUUCUUCGCUUUGGUUGUUGCAGGAAGAAAUUCCAAAAGAUAUAUACAAGGAUGCAGAAGACAGAAACAGGAUAUGAUACUUUCGAAAACAUGAUUUCACUCUAUCUACAUCAAGGACUAAGUUUCUAGUGGCUGGAUUUGAGAGGACUCGCGCUAACAAGACCAGAACAGGAAUAUAUGAUCUAGAUGUCGGCAAGAUCGAUGAGCAAUGGGCAAAGGAUCUGCCAAAUACAGACAUUGCCAUUGUUUCAGCUGGUCAUUGGUUUUUCAGACCAAUAUACAUACAUAGAGGAGAUGAGACAAUUGGUUGCAUCUUCUGUAAUUUACCAAACAUGACUCAGAUUAGCUUGGAAGAAGGGCUUAAGCAGGUUUUCUCGGCUGCUUUAAAGCACAUAAAUGGAUGUCAUAACUGCAAAGACAACUUAGUGACGGUUCUCAGGACGUAUUCGCCUUCCCAUUUUGAGAAUGGGACUUGGAACACUGGAGGAGCUUGUGGGAGGUCGAACCCUUUAAGGGUAAAUGAAAUCAACCAGAAGAGUAGCGAUAUGGAAAUCAGAACAUCUCAGAUACAUCAGCUUGAAGAGAUUAAGCGUAUCAGCUUAAAAAAGAGGAAGUUUGCGGUUUUGGAUGUGACUAGGGUUAUGCUCAUGAGACCAGACGGGCACCCGAAUUCUUACUGGGGAAAUAAAUGGAUGAAGGGUUUCAAUGACUGUACUCACUGGUGCUUGCCCGGACCAAUCGAUGCCUGGAGCGAGUUUCUCAUGGCCAUACUUAGCCAACUCAGGUAA